AUGAAGACUGAACCACGUAACCGUCUAGUCUACGUCGGCAAGUUGGACCAGUGCACAUCUGAAGAUCUCAUCAAUCAUUUGAAAGCAAUUGAUGUAAAAGCUAUAUCAUGUAUUCCUUUUACGAAAUCAAUUUUUAAUAAAAAAAGUUCAACAUACAAUAACAAUAACAAUACUAACAACAACUCUUCUCAAACUAAUGAAACCAAAACCAGCGCAGCAUUCCGAAUUAUGUAUCUCGAAACAGAUUUUGAUAAAGUGAUGAAUGAAGACAACUGGCCAGGUGGUGUCAUUCUUCAUGAAUGGUGUUCCUUCGACAUCAGGUUCAUCACCGAAGUCUUUACAAUCAAAUGUCUGAACUUGAUACCCUCCUUCAAGUGUGCCUCUUUAAUCUGUGUCUCAGAAACUUGGCUUAGUACCACCAACGAUAAAUUAAUUAAUUUACCAGGAAUAGCUUGUGGAGUCAUGUGGAUGCACCAUUCAGACUGGUACCUCAACCAUGUACCCUUAUUAGCCGAUCCAGAAUUUCACGGCGGGAAGGAUGAUUUUUAA